AUGGUAUAUUAUGUUAUGUAUAUGGACCUUGAUGCUGAAGUAAUAACAUUGUCACCAAAGAAUCUGAUGAUGACGAACAGAUUUUUAUGUGAGAUCUGUGGGAAAGGAUUUCAGAGGAACCAUAAUCUGCAGCUGCACAAAAGAGGCCACAUCUUGUCGUGGAAGCUGAAGCAGAGAACCAAGAUGGAGGUGGUGAGGAAGAAGGUAUACGUGUGCUCGGAGCCAACUUGCGUGCACCACGAUCCUGCCAGAGCACUAGGAGACCUCACCAAAAUCAAGAAGCACUUCAGCCAGAAUCACGGCGAGAAGAAAUGGAAAUGCGACAAGUUCUCUAAGAAGUACGCAGUUCAAUCCGACUGGAAAGCUCACUCCAAAAACUGCGGCACCCUCUUCGCGGAUCUACUGGCGUCGACGUCGAGCUAG